CAUUUAAGAAUCAUCUUAUGAUUUGCUGCAAAUGUUUCCAUAUUCAAAUGGUCCACCAGGUUUGGAUUAAAGGAAAAGUUCAAUCAAAACCAAAAAUGUGCUGAAAAUGUGUUCAUCCUCAGUCAUCUGAGAUCAGGAUGAGUGUGUUUCUUCAUCAGAACCGAUGUCAUCGGAGCACAUGAAGCUGUUGAGGCGGCCCCUGGCCCCUGUAAACACAGCACACUACAGGACGCCGCCUGCGCCCAGAUCUGCAGGGUCACACAUGGUCUCUGUGUUUCCAGACCGCGAUGAAGCGAGUGAGUCCGUCUGCCGUCCACAGACUCUCCGUGAGGAUGAUGAUGGUGUCGCUCCGAUCAUCAGUGGUUCCUCCCAUCAUCCUCAGCGCUCCGCACCUGUUCAUCUACAGCCGCGACCUCCUGACCUCUUCUGCCUCAAUGACUUCCUGCAGGUGAGCGGCUCAGCGGACGAUCUGAGGAGGACGGUUCUGUCCCGCUGGAACUACAGGAAGUUGCUGCGUCUCUUCCUGUCGGAGCUGCACUGUGGAGGUCAGGAUGCGGUAGCCAAUCAGACACUGAGCUGCGAGGGUUUGUCUCCGCCCACACGCAGGAUUCCUCGCAGACAGAUCAUAUGUGAGUUAGCAGCGAUGGUUCAGAUAGAAGCACGAGCACAAAACUCCUUCAGGAGUCAUUCUGGAGUUUGUCGAGCAUCUGAAGAUCAGUCAGUGGAGAGACGGACCGAACACACGCGACACGAGCUCUACACAGUUCUUCUGAACGCUGUGACCAGCAAACACUUCCAGGAUUCCCGCCGCUCUCGAUCCCCGUUCCGCCGCACAGCAGCGCGAGACUUCAUCAGCGCUUCAGAACUCGCCGUCCUCGACUGCGUUACACGAGGAGGAGCCACACUCAGCUUCAAGGCUCAUUUCAUCGGUGAUCUUCCUGACGUGACGUCACUGUCUGAGCGUCUCCAGUAUCUGAACCUGUCCUUCAAUCACCUCACACACGUUCCUCAGGAGGUGUGUGAUCUUCAUCAGCUGCAGGUGUUGAAGAUGAGGAAUAACCCCAUCGAGGAGCUUCCCGCUCAAAUCAGCAAACUCCACAAGCUCCAGACGCUCGUCGCAUCCUUCUGUAAGAUCACGCAGCUGCCUGACCAGCUGUACUCUCUGGCGUGUCUGCAGCAUCUGGACGUGUCCUAUAACCUCCUCAGAUCCCUCAGCAGUGAGGUCAGACACCUCAGGUCUCUGAGGUCUCUGAAUGUUGAAGGGAAUCAGUUGGUGGCUCUUCCCGCCGGUCUGCUCCGUGUGUCCGUGUCGGAGCUCAGGAUGUCUGGGAAUUACACACACGUGUUACUGUGGAGCGAGAACAGCUGCAACUGUCCUCAGACGCUGCUGCACACGGCCGCACACACACUCACACACACACACGCACAGCAGCACUACACACACCUGCCACCCGCUGCACGGAUGCUCCUGAACAGUGCUGGUGUGUGUGAUGCCUGCACGGGUCUCAUGUUCGGCGCGGGUCUGAAGCUCAUCCGUCCCGUCCCCGGCGUGUUUGGGCUUCCGUUCGUCCCCGUCAUGUUCUGCUGCUGUUCUCCUGCGUGUCUCCACAGAUUCAGGAAUCAAACCAUCAUCACCGUCUGAGCAGACGUUUACACUUCCUCUUAAAACACUUCUACAGGAAACUGGGCAAAUCAUGUAAAACACUUCUUUCAUUUGGACUGUUUUGAAGGACUAAUACUGUCCUGCUCUCAUGAAAUGUCUUCUACUGUAUAUUAUAAAUACACUUUUCCUAUUAUAUUUUUCCUCGUUUUGAUGGUGUGCAAAUAGUCAAAGUCAAAUAAUUUCACUCAUUUAUUUAGUGCUUUAUGCAAUACAAUAAACUUCCACAGCAACUUUACACAAAAAUAAAAGAAAAUCUGUC